AAGCAACGUCGCGCUAAUCGGGUAGUCUGACUUUUGUGUUAAAAAACAUUACAGAGAUUUUAAAUAUAAUAAAAAAAAGGAUUAGUUUAGGAGAAAUUCACAAAAAGUAUACCGAAUCCUAAUAAGUGAGGUAAACAUGGGUCGUAAGUGUGUAGUUCUUGGCUGCAAGUCAGGUUAUGACAGCAACAAGAAAAGAUUUCACAUGUUCGUUGUACCAAAAAAACCUGCAGCAAUUGAGCAGUGGCAAAAAGCCAUUUUAAGGAAGGAUAUUACCUUAAAACAUAAGCAUGCUGUGUGUGAAAAACACUUUUUCAAAUCUGACAUCGUUUGGGGGGCGGAGGUUAGAGGCCCUGAUGGAAAGGUCAUGAGUGCGAUUAAAUACAAAAUCCCGAGGUUAAGAGUAGGAGCUGUUCCUCAAAUAUUUCCAAAUCAAAAAUUGGCUAAUGAGAAAAGGAGAAGAUCUCUUAAAAAGGGAAAUAAUUCUAAAAGCGCUGAAACAAAAAGCAGCCCGCCUGAGGAAUUAAACCCGAAUGUAUCUACCGCACUAAAUAAUGUCAAAAUUGAGGAUACUGAAGUUAAAGAGAGUAAUGAAAUCGAGAAUAAUGAAAUGAAAGUAAAUUACGUUUUCGCAAACUGUAAUCCCUAUGAAAAUACUCUUUUUGAAACCAUAUUUAAUUGUUCAGAAAGUGUCAAGUUUUCCGCUUCAUGGGCAAGACACAAUAUCACAUUUGGAAAUUCGAAAAUGAUUCAAUUCUCACAGUGCACAGCUAAAUUAGUGAAAGAUAGUAUUGAACCAGUAACGUCGAAACAAGUGGCCGUCAGGGAUAAUAUGGAAAUAUGGAUAGCUAUUUUUGGAAAACCUAUUGAACUAGAAGAAUUUGGAACCGAAACUAGCUUGUCAUCUGCGGAGAGCAUCGAAAAAAUCUUAGAUAUUGUAAAUAAGUGGGAACUCUGCCAAGGUUAUUGCAACUCUGGAGACAAUAACUGCUAUGAGAAUUCAGAAACACAUAUAGACAAGGAAGGUUUCCUCAGACACAGUGAUUGCACUUAUGUUUUGGGUCAAACAGAGCAUGAAACUGACAGAAAAAUGUGCAAAGCCUGCUACUCUGCAAUUGAAACUGUCAGCAGGAAAAAAACGAAAGUUGAUCAAGACGAAAGUUUGGGCAAUACUAAUAGAAUUAAACUUUUAAAUGUGACCAAAGCUCAACAGAGAAAAAGUGCAAUUUUUUAGAAAAAAGGCUCAUAAGAUUCAUACUCUUUUAUGAGAUUUAUAGUAUAAGAUUCUACAUUAAACCAAUUUUUAUCGAAAAGGGCUUUAGCGAUUUUAAGAAUGUCUCGAAUGGGCAAUUUUCGACUACUUUCUACAUGAGAAGCAUUUUUCAGUCCAUCUUCCAGUAAUACUUAAUUCUUAGUCAAUCAAUUGCCAGGACCUUAAGAUAGUACAAAGCACACGAUUCCAGAUUAAUAGGAUGUGAAGCUACUGCAGAUUUACAUUGCUAUCAUGUAUUCUUUUCAGCUGGAAAGGUUCAUUGGGACAUUACGCUUGGUUGGAAGUUCUUGCGACCAUCCAGCAACUCCAACUUUUCCCCGGAUGCACAAGAUAUAUUCAACUUGUUCAGCAUCCUAAAACUCCCAAAAUUGGCAAAUUUUUACAGAUUCUGAUUUUUGUGAUUCCAUUGCCGCUGAUCACGAUUACCUACUCCCAGAAGUGAUUGAUUGUCUAAUUUAUCACAAUACUGGUAUUUUAUGUAAAAUAUUACAAAGCUAUGUUAUAAUGCGAAGUAGACGUCAUGCCUUUUUUUCCGCCCUAAAUUGAGGAUUCUAACGUUACGUCACACUCGGUCGGUAAUGUCAAAAUCUAUAAAGCUUUACUACUUGGUGGACUGCAAAGCAUUGAUUAGAUAUAGGAGUUUAACUAAGAUUAAUUUUUUUAGACGAAAGUAAGUGAAAAUUCGUGAUAUCGCUGUGAUUUUCAGAUACAAAAGCCAUUGCUUUAAAUAUUGUUGGCAAUUUGGAAAGUGUGGGUUUUGGACAAUCCAUCAAGAAAAAAUAUAAUGUGUCCUGAUUGAAGUUAGGUUGCAUUGUUAUGACAGCGUAGAGGUGGUAAUGAUAAUUUUGUAAUUUUGGUAUUGCGCCGAAGUGUGUUUUUCAAAGAUGCCAAGCGAUUAUUUUUGCGUCUCGAAAUGUGACGUAAGAGAAAGAUACAGGGAGAAAAUGAAAAUAAUCGAAGACUUUGAUCCUUAGAAGUCCAGUAAGAUGUCUUGAAAAUCCUUAAACUUCUCCGAAUCUUGGGAAGUUUCUCGUAAUUGACUAAAAGUAAUUCAAAUCUCGUAACAUCCUUUUUUUUAAUUCCUUUUAAAUCUCUUGGAAAUCCUUGGAUUUGUUCCAAUCCCUUGAAAUCUUUUUAAAUUACUUUUCAAUAACUCGUCUGACAUUCUUUAAAAUCACUAAAACUGUCUUAAAAUCGUAUAAAAUCGCUUGUAAUUCAUUAAACUGUUUUGAAUUAUUUUAAAAUCAUUUAAAAAGAAACUUUCAAAUCCCGUCAAGUUCCUAGUACUUCCUUAAAAUCACCUUAAGGCCAUGUGACGAGUGGGUCACGUGACCAGAUUCCUACCUUACCGUUACUUUUUUUAUUUUCCAACUUAUUUUUAGACGAAGCGUC